AAAUGGUCCGACAUAAAUAAGCUUCAUAUUUGAUUAAUCUAUAAUAUCUACAGAUCUUAAACCUCAAAUCUUAGAUCCAAACCUUCUUCUCAUCUCACGUCUCUACCAGUCCCAGUUUGGACCAUUUAGCGAGCAUACAAAAUCGCGUUGGAAACCCCGCGUCACCGCCAUCCCACCUCGCCCACAGCUCAAAUCGCCAGCUGUCACAGUGAACCCGCCAUUACAUUCUCACACCACAGAAAUAAACCUUCAAAACGCGACGGUCCAGCUUGGCCCAGUUUAGAUCACCAUGUCAGCCCCCGCACCACCUCCCAAACUCCCCGCAGAUAUCCGCCCAGACAGCCUCGAGGCUGAUCUCCUCCGCCAUGGCCUCCCCCAUGACCUUAUCCACCAAGUCACCGACUACGUCAAGUCCUACAUGGCCCCCUACGAUGGUUCCCACGACUUCGCACACGUCCUCCGUGUCCUGGGGCUUUCGCAAAUUCUACGUGCCCAGGACCCCGCUCGCUACGACCGCGUUACUACCAUUCUCGCCGCCCUCCUCCACGACGUAGGAGACAGAAAAUACCUGCUACCCCACCAAGACAGCACCACGCUCGUGCGUGACGUCCUCCUCUCUUUCGGUGCCACGGAAAACUUCGCUGCUAAGGUCCAGACUAUCGCGUCAGCUGUGUCGUAUUCGUCGGAGGUCAAGGAUCCGCAGGUCGUGCGGGAUGUUAUUGCUAAAUACCCGGAGCUGGAGGUCGUGCAGGAUGCGGAUCGCUUGGAUGCUAUUGGUGCCAUCGGGAUUGGGAGGGUGUUUACGUUUGGGGGCGCGAAGGGUAGAGGGAUGGAGACUUCGCUGGAUCAUUUCGAGGAUAAACUGGUGAAGGUGGUGGGGUCGAUGAAGUCGGCAUUGGGGGCGAAGAUGGCUAGGGAGAGGACGGAAAGGCUUCUGGCGUUUAGGAAGAUGUGGGAGGAGGAGGUGAGCGAGGCGGAGUGGGGCUUGGAGGGUUUGAAAGAGAUAAUAGGUUGAGGGGUUCGAGGCUGGGGGCGGGAUGAAAGUUGAUGCGUGAGGCGUGGUUCGGGGGGGAUGAUAGAUGCACGCCCGCGUGUUGAUGUGACAAGGUGUGAAUAUUCGCUCCGUCCCCCGAUGAUACGGCAUUAUGAGGAAAUUGUCAAACUAAGCCCGUCCAAACUCGGCAUGAAUGACCUGCAAAUAUAGCAUGGAAGGUGUUGCAGGAAAAGAAAAAGAUAAUAACCUAACAUUUGCCCUGGAAUUCAAACUUAUUGCCUUAGCUUAUGGCGGGGUCUUGUGAGGGAGAUAGAUGUGCCCAUCAGUGGGAUGGAUAAACACAGGCUAUAAUUCAACAAUUAACUAUUUUCACACCUGAUGUGCCGCGCAUAACA